AUGAGACAGGCAGACAUGGAUGAUCUCGAAUCGAGAGCCAUAGAAAACAUCCACGAUUACCUGAAGGAGUGCCUGGACAGAAACAACUGCAAGGCUGAUCCGGCGGGGGCAGAAAGAGAUAUAAACGACGUCUCGCUCAUACACAGCUCGUUAAAAAAGUACGUCGUGCGACUAGCCAACAUCAACGAUUUCAUCAAGCAAGAAAACUACUUUUUGAGGAAAAAAAAUGAACAACUAGUUAAGAGGUGUAAUGAAAGGGAUGCAUUCGAUUUUUACAAAAAUGAGAAAGGGGCUGACAGGGUCCAUAAAACGCAUGGGCCGCCCGACACACACGGGACGCAUACCAUGUGCAUGAACGAAAUCCACAAACUGAGUCACGAAAACGAGUUUAUAAAAUACAAAUAUGAACAAAUCCUUCGGCAAAACCUCUCGCUGCAAAACAAUAACACCCAGGUGAACAACACGCUGCUAAACAAAGCUAAAGCUAAACAACACAGAAAUGCGCGAAACAGAAAUGUGGAAAUAGGAAAUGACUUCCUAAGCGAAAGACCCAACCACUUAUUGCCAUAUCAAGAGGAAGGACGAAACAUGUUGAGAAGCAGAAAUGGAAAGGACGGGGAAACACAACCAGCUGAGGUAAACUACAUGACGUUUGAAGAAAAAAUAAAUAGAAUCCUAAAGUGUACAGAAAUUUUGGACGAAAUUUUAGCCAUCCUUAACAACAAUUUGAAAUAUGACGAACCACUUAUGUUCCAAAAGAAGAUGAACAUUAUGGAAGUAGAAAAAGAAGAAUUAAUAAAGCAAAAUGAUCUUUUAAAAGAAAAGAUUUUACAAAUAGAAACCUUUAUUUUGAAUGAUCCCUUUUUAGUGGAAAAGUUUAAUUUCUUCUACGAUUCCACUUCGUUCAAUUCUAACCCCUCGAUAAGGGAUAGCCUCCAGUUGUACAAAAAUAAUAGCAAAGAAAUGAUGUUCCACAAUUUGCGCUGCUCGGAAAGUGCAAAUGCGGACCUGAAACAACAGUUAUCAAAUGAAAAAAAAAAAUCGCAUAUUUACCGAACAUACAUGUAUGACAUGAAAGAAAAGUUAAGGGAUGAGCUAAAUGAACUGUUCAGAUUGAAUAGAGAGCAAAAUAGAAACUAUCAUAAUUUGAAUCGAUGCGACGAUUCGAUCCGCCAUUUUAGUGAAAAGGGGAGUCCAUCCCCGUGGAACAUAUUCUACCAUGAUAGCAAUAACGAGGACGAAGAUGAUGUCUCAAGGAAGGAACACCCAAAAUAUUACAACUACUUGUCUGACUUGAGCACAUCAGAUUUUUACCGCAUGUUUAAAAUGAAUACCUCCAAAAUUGAAGAUAACGAGCAAAUGUUGGCCCAGUCGUGGAACCCGAUUAGGGAGUUGGGCCAGGACGCCGCUUCCUUCGAGAAGAGGAAAUAUGAACAAAUCUGCAGAGAAGACGAACACGAUGCCAGUCCGGCCGAGCUCGAAAGUGACAUGCAAAAUGAAGUAUACUACUUUAGAAUAAAAAAAUUAAUAAGCAUGAGGAAGAAGGAACUGGAUGCAAUGUUACAAUCGGGAGAAGGCCAAAUGCCUAGCCAAAAGAAAAAAGAGGACGACAAGAAAUUGAAGAAUGAAUUGUAUUUAAAUCGUAUGGAAUACAAGGCAUCACUCCGUGAAUGGUUAAAAGGAAACCAAAGAGAAUUACACAGAGGUGACGGUCCUAGGAGGAUUCCCCAUAGAGACCCCCCCUGUGGGAGCAAGGACAUUGACCAAUUCAAUCUCUACAUCAAGCGAAAAAUCAUUUAUCAGUUGGUAAAAUACAAACACAUCUACGAGUAUUUAGUACAAAAUAAAAGUGUAUGUAAAAACCAGAUAGACAAAGAGAAAUUUAUGAAUUUUUUUAACAAGCACAUUUUGAAUUUCCAAAAUUGUGACACUGCACAGUGUAGUAAUAAAGGGACUCCUGGCGAUGGACAAAAGAGAGUCACUAAAUCAUGCCAGAAGGGGAAAAUCCUCCAUAAGGAUGACGCCAACCAAAAAAGGGGAAGUGCUUAUGUGGAGGAGGACAGUACUCAGUAUCAUGACGUUACUUUGCAGGAUUGUUCAAGGCGGGGCAGUCACCAUUCUGAGGAGGGCACCCUGAGGAGUCAUCACCCCGGUAAGGAGCGAGCAGAAGCCACAGGCGAGAAGGAGGGGCAUGCCAAAAGGGAAAAACAGAGGCAAACCAGACGGGAAAGACAGCGAGAAAUGGAAAAGGAGAAACAGAGGCAAGCCAAACGGGAAAGACAGCGAGAAAUGGAAAAGGAGAAACAAAGGGAAGCAGAGCAGGAGAAACAGCGGGAAAUAGAAAAGGAGAAAGAAAGGGAAGCAGAGCGGGAGAAGCAGAGGGAAAUAGAAAAGGAGAAAGAAAGGGAAGCAAAGCGGGAGAAGCAGCGGGAAAUAGAAAAGGAGAAACAAAGGGAAGCAGAGCGGGAGAAGCAGCGGGAAAUAGAAAAGGAGAAAGAAGGGGAAGCAAAGCGGGAGAAGCAGCGGGAAAUAGAAAAGGAGAAACAAAGGGAAGUAGAGCAUGAGAAGAAAAGGAAAAUAGAAGAAGAAAUGGAGAAGCAGAGGGAAAUAAAAGCAGAGCAGGAGAAACAAAGGAAAUUAGAGCAGGAAAAGAAGCGGAAAAUAGAAGCAGAAAUGGAGAAAGAGGAGCAGAAGAAAAUAAAAGCAGAACAGGAGAAGCAGCGGGAAAUAGAAGCAGAAGUGGAGAAAGAAGAGCAGAGGAAAAUGGAGAGAGAGAAACAAAGGGAAAAAGAACGAUCGCGCCAAGUGGACGGGGACCCACCCACCACUGAGGACCAAGCGGGCGAAAGGGAGAUGGAAAACCAAAGGGAAGUUGAAAUCGAAUCGAGUGAUAAGAGCGAAGGGGAAAAAAUGAAGAAAGGAAAUUUAAAAAAAAAUGAUGAAAUGUCAGAAAAAUUCUACAUGCGAGCAGAGCAUCCCAGGAGACAUGACUCCUCCCUAGAGGUGUUAAUAAAUACUAUUAAAAAUAUAAACAAAAAAAAAAUAGGGAAAAAUAUGACCAGUGAAAAUGUAAAAGGUUCGUUUUCUCCUACCCAUUCGAUGGAUGAAACGGGUCGAAGUAGUCUUAUUGAGGAGUCUCCUCAAAACGAGAGAAGAGCAUCGAAUUUGAGUAAAAAGGAUAGCAUCCAAGGUAGCCUAGAGUCCAUCAAAUCGAGUAAGUCAUUGGGUGUAGAACCCAUCGAACGGGAAAUUAACCACAAUGAGGGAGGAGCAAGUGAUCGUCAAGAAUUUAGUUUAGACCACGCCCAAUUAGAUGCUGCCAACUCAGUUGAUGCGGAAGAUGGGAAGAAGAGCCGAUGUUCUAAUUUGUCAAGUGAACCGGAGAAGGAGUAUCACAUGGAGGGAGAAGCUAACCCAGAAGAGGAUAUCAAUAGGGGUGGACGGGAAAGCCACUUGGGUGCCGCGGCACGGGUUCCAAAACGGCGAAGCGUUAGGGGCAAGACUGUCUUCGGCGGAUCGAUCCCCCUAGACGAAAUUAAGAGGAGCAUCACCAUGAGGGGUGCAAGCGCGUCAGAAUUGAUACAUCCGGAGGAGGAUGCACAAAUGGGAGAUGGCCAAAGGGGACCGGGGAAAGAUAGCGAUGAGGAGAGAUCACGAAAAGAUGACGUUCUAGAGGAGCCUAAUAAAGAGUGCGACCAGAAUGAACCCCCCAAAAAUGUUGAUAAGGGUGGCCCCCCCAAAGAUAGCGAUGAGAAAGAGCCACGAAGAGAUAACGUUGUAGAGGAGGCUAAUAAAGGGUGCGACCAAAAAGGAAUCCCCAAAAAUGUUGAUCAGGUUGGACUCCCCAAAAAUGCUGAUCCGGGUGGAUCUCUCCAAGACGGUGAAACCACGCCCAUUAGCCACGCAACCGACAAGAGAGAGAAACCAUCCCCUAAAGGCUUCCACAAUGAGAGCUUCCUCGAAUCGGGGAGCGAAGUCUCCGAACAAGACGUCUUCGAGAACAACAAAUAUGCUAAUGUAAAAAUUGAGGCGUUAAGAGAAAUGCUUCAUCUCCACGAUGAAAAUGUCUAUACCUUUUUCAUGAACCUAAUUGUGCAUAGCAAGAUUAACCUAGUGAGGGAUUACAAAAAUAAAGUCUUAAACGCGAAGGUAAAGGCAAGUGAUAUAUUAGAGUACCUUUUAAAAAAUUACUCCGAAGCGGAUAAGUUUGCUGCCAAAAGGGAAGUGAGAAAAGGAGGUUCAAACACACAAGUGCACCUAAGCGAAGUGGAAUUCAAGCACAUUAAUGAGUACAUAUGCAACAACAGCAAUAGCACUUCUCUAAAAACAUUAUACCACAAGAUACUCUUUUUGAAUAAAGAAAACUACGGAAGUUUUAAGAGUCGUCUGCUGGAAGGUGGGGUUAUAAACCUAAUUAACCUUUUCCACGAUGAAGAUAUUAACAACUUUGAUAAAAUUUUCGACGUUUCUUUUGUUAACUUCUGUGAUAUUAUGGGAAUAUCGAAAGACACAUGCACAUACCAUUUUAACCAUAUGGAUAGGAACUACAAAGGGAAGGGAUACAUUUAUUUGAGGCACAUAUUUCGGUAUCUGCAGCUGGAAAUGGACAUGAAAGAGGAGUUACACAAAUACAACUUCGUUUCCAUGCAGAAAAAAAAUUUAAUUUAUAUUAAUAUCAGCGAGUCUUUUGAUAACUUAAAUGAAUUUUUCAAAUGUGUGGAGAAGAAAAAUAACUUGUACAUCAGCCUGAACGAGUUUAUUUAUUUCUUUUCUGAAAAUGAGAAAAUGGAGACUUACUCUUAUUCCCAGGAGGAUGUGACGUGUUUGUACUACUCCAUCCUCUUUUAUGUGUACUAUACGAAUAAGAACAAGGUAUUGCAGACGUUACAAUUUUGUGGGGAGCAUGGUGGGGGGGGACAAAAUGACCCUUACAAGAUUGGUCCAAUUGAGGAAGGUUACCGUAAUAAGAACAAGCAACCCAGGGCACACCCCUCCGUUGGUAUAAACCCACUUGUUGAUCAAAAUAGAGAGAACAGAUUAACCCCGGAUGAUGGAUACAAUUAUGUUGAUCAGAAUUUGUCUCUCUACAAGGAGUAUUUUUCCCUGGACGAUUUCAAUUUUGCCAUCGAGCUGAAGGAUCUUUACUUUUACUUCGAGGGCUUCGAGUGCCCCUUUUCUAAAAUAAAGCGGAGGAUUGUGGAGAUUUACGGAUCAGUUAAAAGUGGACUGAUAAUCAGCCACGAGAUUUGCAACAGCGAAAGGGAUGGAGAUGACGGCACGAGUAGCUCCCAGAGCGAUCACGAUGCGGCAGAUCUGGACGUGGACUUGCAACUUGACUCCUUCCAGUUGUUCAUGCGGAACGAAUACAGGUAUAAGCACUUCGACCGGGUUUCCUUCCACGAGCGGGAGGCGAAGCAGGGAAAACAGGAAAAAUCGCAGAAGGUGGGCAGAGUGACCAAACUGGAUAGGGAAGCCCAACUGGAUAGCGAACCCGAACCGGACUCCCUGGACGCAGUCCCCCCAAUCAGCAAGAAAACCUUCAUGUGCCUGAUGUACAACAUAGGGAUACACGUGGACCACUGCCUGGCCCUGUGGAACAGCUUCUCCCCCUUUCUGGAGUACGACAAGCUGGACUACAAAAUAUUCUGCGGGUUCUUAAACGGGAAAAUAACCGCAGAGAGCCACGAAACGGAGGAAGACAUAAACAAAAUUAGAAGGAAGCUAAUAAACACCAAGGAAGAGAAGGAAGAGGACUCCAUGAGGAAUUACAAAAACAGGCUGGGGGGAACCAUCUCCUCUCGCCUACUAAACAUCUUAAGCGAAAAGGAUUCAACACAGCCGCUCACAGUAGACGAAAUAGAGGUUCUGGCGCAAGUGUUGAAUCAUGUCAUCCCGUUCAAUUUUUUGGACAAAAAUGAAAAGAAAAAUUUCAUACAAAAGUUAAAAAAAAAAUGUUUUAAAAAGGGCCACGAUUUUGUGUCCCUAGGGGGGAGACACGUAAAAAUUGGAGAAAAAGAGGAAGGGGAAGAGAAAAUCUCAAACGGGGGAACACCGGUUAGUGCAUACCAAAACAAUACCAUCUUUAUCCUGUUGAACGGAAUUUUAAGACACACCACGGAGCCUAACUCCUUCAUAAACAGCAUCAACGUGAUUGACAGGGCCAUCGUGCGCUCCUACACGGCACACACAAAUGUCGCCGUGAUUGAGGUAAAUAAGGAGCUAUACACCAGCGACUUCAUGAAGCUAGUGGAACAGAAAAGAGAAGUUUCGGAAGAGUUUAUGAGCAUUAUCAAUGACGUACCCAUCUUUAAAAAUUUCCCAGACGCUUUAAAAAAUAGCCUAUCCAUGAAUGUUCAAAAAUGUGAAUAUAAGAAAAAAAAAGUUAUCAUAAGACAGCAUGACGAUCCCACCCAUUUUUACAUAUUGAAAGAGGGGGAAAUACAUUUCUACUGUAACAGUGUGAUGAGCACCCCGGUACGGAUCAUCUCUAGAUGCUCCUUUUUUGGGGAAGUAGCUCUCAUAUUUAACACUCUCAGAACGUGUGACGCGGUGGUCGAGUCGGAUGUAGCUCACUGUUACUGUAUUUCGAAGGAGUACUUCCUUUCCCUCUUGAAUAAACAAAUUGUGAAAGAAUUCGUCGAAUAUUUACGAACCAAUUACACGGAGGGUAUUGAGAACAUCGUUAAGAAUUACUCAAGUGGAAACAUAGCAGCAGAAUGGGCGCCGCUUCAGGAAGACAACAAUGAAGUGAAUCAUCCCAAAGGAGGAAACAUCCUGCAGAAGGUACCCUCCGAUGGAGACGAAAUGCUGAUUAAGCUGAAACGAUCGAGUUCGAAAAAAGACACAAACCAGCUCUCCCCAGGUGGUAGCCUAAAUAGAGACUUCUCCUCAGUAACCCUCUCAGGAGACAACAUGACGUUGGAUGUAGAGUACAUCAACCAAAGCAACAUCAGCUCAUUCUACAGUGACCUGGAUAAAAUUCUCCUAAAAAUUUUCAACACAGAACAGAAAUAUUUUGUGGAAGAAAUGGAAUCCCACUUGAUGAAAGUUAAGGUAUUAAAAACGGUCCUAAACAACAUGAAGGAUAAAGAAACAUUUCUUAAAAAUCUCAAGUGGGAAAAAUGUCCCAAAGGAAAGCACAUCAUAUUGGAAGGUGAUUUCUUCGACAAAUUUUACUUCGUUAAAGAAGGAGAAAUAUCCGUACAGCAAUUUAAUCAGUACAAAAAUGUGUAUGAGGAAAUAUCCACAGUUAAGAAAAAUCAAUACUUUGGUCAUCAGUUAAUUUUGAAUAAGACAAAGGCCUGCUUCAUUGCGGUGGCCUCCGUGGACACAGAACUGUACACGUUAGAGGCAUCCCUGUAUGAGCAAUUCCUUGCCCCCUUUAUCAACAUGCUGAACAAAACAAAGGAUAUUAACUACACGGAUGAUCUAACAGAGACUAUAAACAAACACGUGAUGAUGAAGAAGGAUAACGACUUUGUAAUAAAAGUCAUAGGAAUUCUAAAGAAGGUAAGUGUCAUUCAGAAAUUAAAUGACGACCAAAUGUACAAUGGUGCAAAACAUUUCAAUUUUAAAUUUUUCAGAAAGGGAGCAGUCAUAAUAAAGCACAACGACACCCCUGACCAUUUUUACGUCAUAAAAAAGGGAAUAGUUUCCGUUAAGGUGGACGACAAAGAGGUGGAAGAUGUCGUUGAGCAUAGGAACAAUCUGCCUAGUGCCGAUAACAAGCAAGAGGAACAAUCUACACACAGAGGUGGAAGAACAAAAUCGGUGUACUUGUACAAGUAUGACUACUUCGGAGAAUUGUCCAUUAUAAAUAAUCAACUGAGAACUGCCACCUGUGAGGCUCACACGAAUUGCUUCAUACUAGCCAUUGAUAAGGUCUCCUUUAUUGAGCACUUUGGAAUAAUAUUUAAUGAGCUGCUACAGGAAGCGGACGUCAGGUACACGAAGAAUUACAGCCUUCCGCCGUGGCUGAAAUCCAUGUAUGGUAAUGGUGAGUUUAACGAGGACAUACACUCUAUGUCGAUGAAGAUCCCGGAACUGGGGAGCUCUGUCAGCAGCAUUUCCGACGAUAGCAAUGAGAUGUUCAGCUUCGAGAAGGAGAUAAAUGCCAAGCUGAAGAAGGAGAGGCGCAACAAGAAGAAGGGGCGGGGGAAGCUAAAAGGCGGUAACGCAGACGACGAAGACACGGAUGAGCGACCCCUUGCGCAAAGUGAAAGCGAAGUCGGAGACGCCAAUUCGAGAAACCUCUCCACCAAUCGUAGCCUAAGCAAUGUGAACAACGAAGAGAGGAUUAGCAAAAUUAAGGAGGAGAAGAGGCAGAAAAUAGAAGAAAUUAAGCUCAACGAAUUGAAGGUGUUAGAACGGAUAAAGCAGAAGGAGGAGAAAAAAAUCAACGCUUUCAUGAAGAAAAAGGGAGUAUUCCUCCAAGGGAACAACGCAAAGGAAGACUUAAACGCCGCUAAACCCAGAGAAAAUGCGACGGAUGACCAACAAAAGGGUGCCACUGCGGAGGAGGAAAAAGUGAUAACCCCAAACCCUGAAUCAGACAGGAACGAAAACCAAAGCCAAUCAUCGAAAGAUAAGCAGCCAAGUUCCAUGCAACAUAAAUCGUCGAGUAUUUUAAAAAAAAAGAUCACUCCAUCGAAUUCUUCCGAGCUGAAGGUAGACAAAAUGGUGAAGAAGAUCCUCGGGGUUAUCUGCUCAGAAUACAAUUCCAUUUUUCACUUUUAUGAAUGCAUAGACAAGUUCAACACUGGAUACAUAAAAUACAGCGACUUCUUAAAUUUUAUCGUGUCCCAAAAUCUGGAGGAGUUAUUCGAAGGGAGAGACAAUAUGGAAAAUCUGUUUAAGUAUCUCUGUGAUGGGAAGGGCAUCUUAACAUUAACAGAGUUUUACAGAAAUAUGUACAGAGAGGAAGACAUCGACAUGUACUCACUGAAUUUACGCCUGUGCGAAGUGUACGGAAGCAGUCAGUUAGCGUUUAAGAAGAUAGUUACUCAAUUCAGCGCACAAGAGGAUAGUCCUUGCAGCUUUUCCAACUUCGAACUAGUGUGCGAUAGCGUAGGGGUGAGCAAAACGAAUUUAAAAAAUAUUUGGGAUGAGAUUAACAUAAUGAAUGAGGAGCAGAUUCCCCUAGAAAUUAUAUUUAGCAUUCUCAAUGGAGAAGUUUCCGUGGAACAGGCCUACGUGGCUUACAAUGAGAAAAAGUCGCUGCUAAAUCAGGUUGUUCACUUUUUCCAAGGCGAUGAAGAAGACCUCAGAAAAAUGAGUACCCAAGUCAUGGAAACAAAUUUUAAGAUAAAUUACGAAGAGCCAAUAAUAAUUAAUAAGGGUCAUCAUAAAUCCUGUUCUAAUGAAUGUCAACACGUGGUAAACCUGUUACAGUUUGAUAUACAUUUUAAAUACUUAACACUGGACCAGAGAAAAUUCUUUGCAACUUUAAUGAACCGGAACGUUAUGAACUCGGGAGAUGUCGUAACCAACCAAGGGGAUGAUGAUGCGGCUAUUAUAUUCCUCUACCAGGGGACUGCCAACAUAAUUAGCCACAACAUUUUUGGAAUUGAAACUGUGAUUAGAGAGCUUCAAAAUGAAGAGUUGUACGGCUGCUAUGAAGCUAUUCAAGGGACACCGGCAGAUUAUCAAGUAAAAAUAUCCUCCGAUAAUGCUAUCGUUUGGAUCUUAGACAGAUCAUCCUAUAAUGAGCACUUAAAAGAAAUGCUAGAAGAAAGAAAACAAAACUGCUUGCAUAUUUUUGCCUUACUGAAAAAUGUACCCAUUUUGAGAUACCUCCCAGAGGAAACACUCCAAAAUCUUUCCUACGCAAUGAAGGUUGAGCAUCACCAACCUAACCAUACCAUCAUAAAGGAGAAUACACAUGAUGAUAAGUUUUACGUCAUAUGUAAAGGUCUCGCAACUGUUGAAAAAAACUCCGAAAUUAAUAAAAACAGACUUAUUCUGUCGACCCUUCGAAGUGCAGAUUACUUUGGAGAAAUGGCCUUAAUAAAAAAUAUCAGACGAAGUGCAAAUGUCGUUUUAGACACGCAGACCAUUUUGUUGUCUCUUGUUGAUGUGGAAUUCCACAGAUUGUUAACUCCCUACUUUGAUCAGUUUUUAAACAGAGCUAAAGCCAACUAUAAGAAAUUGCACUUGGACAUCCAACUCAUGCCCGCGGAAAUUGCCACAAUUAGCAGCAACCCCAAUAUUGGAAAAACGGCCUGCGGUAGGAGCGCACAGAAAAAGGUCACCAUACAAGGAUUUGACGAGGGGGACAGCCCUGUGGAGGAUCCAUGGGGUAAGAAAAAGGGCGAAGUCAGCUUCGCGCAAUCUGCCGAGGAAGCACCACUGGAAGGGGAAACAACCCAGAGGAGAAGGAACAGUCACCAGGGGGAUAGCAAAAAGGGAGAUCACAACAAAAACACUGGCAAGUACAAAGAUAAGGGGCUGAGCAGAACUAAGAAGGGGAAAGAGCACGGGUUCCAGGGGGAAGGGGCAGAAGGUACCGAAAAGAAGAAAGAGAGAGAAAAAAAAAAAAAAGAUGCACACAAGUGA